AUGCCUCGGAAGAAACAGCAAUCGAAAGAGGAAACAUUGGCCAAGGCUAAAAUCGCGCGUCCGAAACGAUACGCUAAAAUCCAAGCUGAACCUAUUUUGUAUGCACUUAAAAAUGAAAAAGAACAAUUAGAAAAUAAAAUUCCUAUAUUUCUGAAACAUGAAGGAACACGCAGGUGGCAAUUUGCUGCAGUAAAAGAUCUGAAGGAACAUCUCAAGGGCAAUGAAGCUAUCAUUCACAUAGAUUUCAGUGAGAACUAUGCUUUGAAAUAUGGGUCGGAGGUUCCAGCUUUCCACUUUGGAGGAAGUGCAGCUAUAACGUGCGGAGCUAAGAGACAAGUUUCCAAGCUCUCCGUUCUAGACGUUUUAUAUGCCGACGAUGUUUGCCUUAUGGCCGACUCAAUAGAGUCUCUUCAAGCCUAUGGUGGACUCCUUACACACGUCGUGCUGCAGCAACCUGCUCGUGGUUGUCUUGCUGAUCAAUCCGCUAUCAACUUGGAUGGCUCUGCAUUGGAGGAAGUCCCAUACUUCAAAUACUUAGGCAGCAGACUAAAGCACGACAACACACUAGAAUCAGAAAUACCAGCCCGAAUAGCAGGUGCUGCAGCGGCCUUUGGCAAACUUAAAUCCCGUGUCUGGAAUUCACACGAUCUCAAAUUGCAAACUAAAAUAUUAGUGUACAAAGCGAUUGUCCUGCCUACAUUAUUGUACGCUUCAAAGACCUGGUGCUUCUAUAAAGCAGAUAUAAAGAAGUUAGACAAAUUUCACCUCAAAUGUCUAAGAUCCAUAUUGCGCAUUAAGUGGCAGGACCGAAUUUCAAACACCGAGGUACUACGUCGUACAGCAGACUACCGAAGGCAGUCUUCUAUUCUGAGCUUUCAAACGGAAAACGAAUACAAGGCGGGCAAUACCUUCGCUAUAAAGACGUGUGAAAAACGCAAUCUUGUGGCUUGUCAUAUACCAACUGAGAGUUGGGAGAGUCUGGCACGUCAAAGACCGAAAUGGCGUCGAACCAUUCACAAAAGUGUCGACCGUUUUGAAUCUGCGCGUCUAGAAGAACUUGAUGCGAAACGCCAAAAACAGAGUAAAAUGUUGCUGCACCCCAUACUUUUGUUUUUAAUUUUCGUUAAAGCGGAAUCUGGGCGUAUAGGAAAACUUUCAAAACAGCCAACAAAUGCGUCCCAUCUGACAGAAAACUUAAAUUUAAACGGUAUUGCUUCAAUAUUGUCACCUCGAAUGGACUUCGAUCAGUGGAAACCAUUAACAGGACGUGGAGACCCUCUACGUAAUGAUCCAACGUACGAUUAUGAACCUCCCAUUCUCGAAAAAGUUCAUUAUUGGGCGGAUGAAAUUCACUCUCAACGCGAAAAAUAUCCAGAGAAAAAAUCUGAGGUCUUAGUGCUAGGUGUAUCUUCUCGAAAACCAAGCGCUGCUGCAAGACCUGUACCUCCUGUUAGAAGGUUACCUCCACCACCUAAAUUUCCCUCUAAAUACGAAGAUUUCUCUUACAAAUUUAGCGAUCACUAUCCGAUGACGAUACUGGUUCCACCUCCACCGCCGCCUCACGAUUAUCAACACGCACAUUUUGUAGAAGAUAAAUUACUAUUGCAUACUACACCUCCCAAGCAACAUGACACAACUGUAACCUUCAAAGACACAACAACAUCACCAGAAAUAUUGUCGUCUUUCGCUCUUCAAGAAUCAAAUCUUAUUUAUCAAUCUUCCACAACCAAACAAAACUGGUAUAAUAACUACAAUAAAACUACAAACUUACCAAACAAUACGGUAAGUAGUGACUAUGCAGGAUGGGGUCCGACGACACCUUUUGACGAUAUAAACGAGGCCCACAAUAUUAUAUCUUAUACCGAUAGUUAUAACAACGACAUUACAAAACAAACCCUCUCUUAUUAUAAGCCUGUGUUAUCUGAGGCUCCACCACCACCACAAGCAUCAUCGCACUUUGUUGCAUUGCCUACAUUUUUACCUACGGUUCUACCACCAACACUUUUUACAGUUGGUAACAUACGAAGUACUUUGCAGCCUACCGAAGCGACUUCAGAAAUGUCUACAGACGCUAUAACCAGCUACAUUGAAACGUCUACAGAGAACGUCAAUGAUGUUUUUGCUCAAACCACAGAAGAAUCGUUACCCAAAAUAAAACCAAAUAUAAUUGACAUGUUAGGUUCAAUGAUAUCAAUGCCUAUGGUUACGGAUCCAAAUAGACCAGAAGAUAAUUUGUACGCUCAUGCAUCAGACUCUAUACACAUAUAUAAGUCGCCACCCGCUGAAGAUUCUAUUAAUUUAGAAGUAAUGCAAACUAUGCAACCUCCGCCACCUGUGAAAUCAUCAGAAAGUUCAACAGCACCUCCACGAAAACAGUUUCAAUUCAAUCCUCACAUUCUAAAUAACCUACUUAAUGAAAAACCGAUGACGCAUACACAUGAUCCAUACUUACAUAUGCGUUUCACCACACCAAUUUCGACUACGUUAAAGAUUUCACAAAAUAUUAAACCUACAACCGAAGCUCCGUCUAUACCUUCGUACUUAAUUAUACAAGGGCACUCUAAAGUUAAAACAUACGGAUCCAAACCAAAACCAGAUAAUAGUGGCACUCAAAAUGAAAUAUCAGAUCCGAAUGAGACUAAUGAAGUUAAGCACUUACAUCCGCUUAAAGACAAAGAUACAAAGAAAUCCGACAAAAACAAAAUAAAUAGGGUCAGUAGAGCGCAAAAUUUAAAAUCAUUAAUAGACAUUGGUUUGGGUUCAAUAGAAAUACAAGAAACUGAUUUAGGUAUUAAAUACGAUGUAAGUGAUGGCAGUGAAGUACCAGUGGAAAUAUAUAAGAAGGGCAUAAUCAUAGAUAGUGAUGAAAAUAAUUACUCAAAUAAAAUCCAAGAAGAAAAGCGAAGUAAAAGGUAAACCACAAGUUUAAAUUAUAUGAUAAAAAAUACAGUAUAUAAAAUCGUAAGUAAAGAAAUAAAAUCUUAAUAAAUAAUGUACAACAGCAACGAAC